AACAACCAAUCAGAAUUCGGACAUUAUUUUGCCCGAUGUAAACAAAGUGGAUUUUCUUUUUUUAACUCGGAAUUUUAAAAUACUGAAAACGUUGACUUAAAUGAUAGCUAUUUUAUGCACUUCUUUGAAUGACAGUAUGUAAAGGAAUGAUAUUGAAAGAGAAGAACACUCUGAUGAAAACGUGUUCUGUGGAAAGAAGUUAGGAUUGUACAGGAAAAUGGAGCGAGAUCGACAAGAGUACUUGUCAGCCGAAGAGCUGAGAAAUCGUUUAUACCACAAUCUUAGGGACCGAGGAUUAUUUGAUUCCAUAAAGAGUCAAUUGAGAAAUAAAUUGGUAACAGAACUACGGCAAACAACAAAAGGGCAUCUCACAGAGAGGGAAACAGAAGAUGUGGGAGAGGGGUCAUUAUUACACAGAGCAUCAAACAGCCUGGUGGCUGACCAUUUACGACACUGCAAAUAUGAUUACUCUCUCAGCAUAUUUUUACCUGAAAGCUCAACAGGUAGAGAUAAGAUUUUUACAACCCAUGAUAUGCUCCAACUCCUUGGAGUCAGUUCCCAGUCAAGAUUAUAUCGUAAAAUGGCUAAAGGACAGUCUGAUUCAAACAAAAAAGGUUUCUUGUGGCAACUUCUGUGUGAAAUAUCUGCCUUGCACUCCAAUGCCAUGCAGGAAAGUGGGACCCAAACAGAUCUGAUUAAAAUUGGAGUGGUGUCAGAACUUGAUGAGAAAUUAGGAGAAAUGGAAGAUUUUUAUUCAUCGAAAAGGGAUGCAAAUUUCCGUAUUGGUGCUACAGCUAUGGAAGAGAGACUGAUGUCAUUUCAGAGACAGUUAGAGGAACGAUAUAGAACAGACUUAAAACUUGAAGUGGCCAGAAUUAAAGACAGCGAGGCAGCUAGAAUUCGUCUGGAGGAGAAGGAACAGUGCAGGAGGGAGUUUGAUCAGCAGCGAAGAGAACUUGAGAGAACAUAUCAACAGAAAUCAGAUUCGCUACUUCAAAAAGAGAGAAAUUCAAUAGAACGAAUGCAAAGAGAGCAGGAGAUCCAUGAGAAGGAAAUAUAUGCUCAAAGACAGUCAAUAUUGGAAGAAAUUGAAAUUUUACGAAAGAGAGAAGCUGAGGUCAAAAGAGCAUCGGAAGGCAAUGAGAGGGAAAGGAAGUUAAAUGAACAGAGAAUAAAGGACAGGGAGGCUGACAUUCGUCGGAGAGAACAGGAAGCUCGGCGGAUGGAGGGAGAAUAUGAACAGAAGCUGAAGAACGAAAUGACAAAAUUCAAGGUGGAACAGCAAGCAAAGUAUAUGGAAAGGUCACAGAAUCUGGAAAUCAGGGAAGCAAAAACAAGAGAUGAAGAGAGAAGAAUAAGAGAUGAACAAGAGAGAAUUCAGAGUAUCAGAGAUGAACUGAAAGACAAAACUAUGAGAAUCAAUGAAUUGGAGACCAGAGUACAGGAAGAGAAACAUGGGGAAGUAUCGGCCAUGAGACAGAAUGAAUUACUUAAUGCUAAACUGAGAGAUAUGGCUGACUACAAAGUAACAAAGGAGCAGAAUGCUGUCAUGAAAAAUGAACUGGAAACACUGAGAACGAGAUUAUCAGAGGUUAUGCAGAUGAAUGAAAGAGAGAGGGGAAGACAGGAGGAGAUGAUGAAGGAAUUGAGACGACCUACCCCAGAGACUCUGAUGUUGCAGAGAGAACUAGAAAAGUCCAAGGAGAGUUUGCGACAGGAACAGACACUGGCUAACGCUGUCAAGCAACAGCUGGAGAAACGUCUACAGGAGGAGAUGGACAGAAACAGGGAGCUACUGAGGAGGUUUGAGGACCAGACUCUUCAGAUGAAGGAGAUGAACCAGGAAUUGGUGGACCUCAGGGCUCAGCUGUCUAUCACUCACAGAGCAUUAACAAAUGAAGUUUAUAGAAAGCCACAUGAAGAGGGAAACCAAAUGAAUCGUUCGGUGUCCUUCCGCAUUCCGAAUCAGCCGAGGCAGGAGGAGGAGGAGGGUAAAGAAGAGGAUGAAUAUUUGAGCCUUCCCGGAUCUCACUCCAAACAGUCCAGUCCUCGUCGCCCAGUCAGGCAGGAGUAUGAUGAGCAUGAUGUUUACAAUGAUAUUGAGGCAGAGUUUGGACUGCCCUCUACUGGAAAGAGGAGACUUUACCCAGCAUUCUCGGAGGAUGAUGUUUCCUCCACAAAUUCAGCAGAUGUAGUGGCUGAAGCCAAAUAUAGACUUAAGAGUUUAGAGAGAGAGGCUCAGAAUCUAGAGUCAGCUUACAGGGAUUUCCAUUAUAAACUUUCCAACCCAUCUUCUGGUCCUAUGGAACGACAAAAAUCUGACAGAGUUACUUUGGAUACACAGCCAAAAGAACGAGAGCAAGAGUCACGGAGCCAAAGGAGGGGUGCCUCCCCUGUUGCAAGCCCUAUACAGCGCCCUCUAUCAUCCACACCUUACCAAGGGAGGCAGUCUAGUUCUGGGGGAAAUCUAAAUGACAGUCUCCAUGAGUUGACAGGAUCUGGAGCAGAGAGGAAAGCUCCACCUAGAUUUGACCUUUCCACAAUGUCUGAUGAUGGAAACAACAAAGAGCCCAGAGUUGAAGAACGACCACGGCCAAUCACAGUAUCUGAUCUUGAGGCUAGACCAGGGUCACCCAGCAUUGUAAUAGUCCCAGGGUCAAGGUCAAGUGAGGAUGAAAUCUCACCUAAACUUAAAACGGCAGCUAUAGUGACAGCAACCACCACCCCCCUACGUCCCCCUAUGGGGGGCAGACUACAGCCCAUCUCCUUAGACAGUGCAUGGAAAACUCCCAAUGAAGAUGAUGGAUCAAAAGAAGAAGAGGAGAGAAAGGAAGAAGAGAGGAAGAGAAAGGAGGAGGAAGAAGAAGAAAUAAAAAGAUGGGAAGAAGAGAGAAGAAGAAAGGAGGAAGAAAGACAGCAGAGAGAAAAGGAACUCCGAGAGAAGGAGGAAAGGGAUCUGAAGAAACUGGAGGAAGGCAUUGAAUCAGAAAAGUCGGAGGCUUCCAAGAAGGAACCAGAAAUUGAUCCAGUCAUGAAGCAAUACAUGGAGAUGGUUCAGCAACAGAAAAAGCAAGAUGAUGAAGAGAUUGCUAAGAAACCAAUGGAUGUAUGGUCAAAAGGCACCAACAGUCAAGCAGAUACACAGUCUGAGUUUUCUGUAGCAGAGGACAUUCAGAGCAAUAAUGGAUCUGAUGAUGAUUUUGGCUGGUGAUGUCCAGGCCAGUGACAUUUUGUGAACCAUUGUUGCUGGAGUAUGUUUAGCCGUCCAUAGACAGAAGUUCGUUUUUAUCUGUGAUAGUUAAACUUAUUUUCUUACUCAGCAUUUGUACAAAAUUUUAUUUAUGUUAUUAAAUGUAGUGUGUAUCAUGAAUAAAAGAUGAAAUAUUAAUAUAAA